AUGAAUCGGUCAUACAGACGGGCUGUUCGGGGCCGCUCAGGCUCAGCCACAGUGUACAGCACAGGCCAGCCAGAGCUGAGGCCCCCCAAUGGCCUCUCAGUUUCUGCCACUUCCUAUGGAAACCAGUGUAACAGCAGCGCCAAGCGUGGCUCAACAGACCAACCGUCGGCGGCCAUGCAACUGUCAACCUCCUCCCUCAAACAGGCACCUAGCUACAUGUAUAACCAGGCAGAGAGGGAGAGGCCCCACUGCUAUAGUCCUCUGCUGAGGCUCCAGGACCUCUCCACUAUGGUACACAGACCUGGGUGUGAUAUGGGACCCGGGCCCCAGCCCAAGGACCUCGACGCCAGGAACCAUUUGCACUCUCACAGCCCAGUGGGAGGCUCUAGUUUUGAGGCUCCCCAGGUCCGACUGCCCCCCUCUCCCAGUAACGAGGAGACAGAACCCUACGAGGAUUCCAUCCGGGAUCAGAACGGUUUCUCUCCUGUUAGUUCUGAUAGUUUGGAGCGCUGCUCCCCCAUCCCCAAUGGAUACUUGCAUUUUGAGUCCACCUUGUUUGACAGUGGGGACAGGGAGGAUGAGGAGGAGGAGGACGAGUUGGUUCCUUUUCAACAACACUCUUCUAAGUCCACCAGAGACAGAACUGUCACAGACUCUAACAGCACCUCUGGUUCAGGGCUAGGCCAUAACAGCACAUACAAACCCUCUGUUCUCAACCUGAUGUCCAAGAGUCUAUCUGAGCUGGACCCUACUCUGAGCCCCAGUGCCCUGCCUGUCAUGUCUAUGGGGGAUGGCUGGAGUAUGGACCAGGACUCCGACAGUGACAGUGAGAUGACAGGAGAUACACUUGACCAUGGUCUCAUCUCACCUGUUGGAACCAACUCUAAUGUGAGUUCCCUCUCUUACUGAUAAUAAUAAUAUUAAUAAUAAUAAUAAUAAUAGCCCUUGGGGCAGAUGCAUCCUGGGUAGCUCUCAAAAGAUAUCUGACGUUAUGUCCAGUUCUGUAAAUACUGUGUAAUCUCCUGGAACAGUAUUUGUCAAGGAGCUAUUCUUAAUUGAUCGUUUAGAUUUUGCAUACACUAUAUGCCGAUCGACCAUAUAGGCUAGUUUUAUAUUCAGCAACAUAAUAUUGAUUUGAUAAGAGUAUAUUUGUUUUACAUUUGAAUUUUAGAUGCUAAAAAUAAAUGUUAAACAACAUAUAAUAAGAUGCAAGAAAUCCCUUUUACCAUCAAGAGUUUUGAACUGUCCAAGUGAUGAUCCUAUACGUGUAAUAAAGUCUUUGUUUUGUUUUUGUUCAGCCCAACAGCCCAAAGAAGAAGCCUCUCCCAGCAGUUCAGUACGUGGAGGGAGAUCUGGUCUGGGCCAAGUUCAACCGCCGCCCCUGGUGGCCCUGUAGCGUCACCAUAGAUCCACUGGAGGGGACACACACACACAUGAAAGGUGGGAAGUAGGAUUAUUGGUGUUGGGUGUAAACUGAUCACAAGGUGGUCACAGGUUGGGUGUAUUAUUAUUAUGAUGUCAGGGCAAUAAGCAUUGAUGAAAAGUAGGAAGGAAGGGAAGCUCCCAUCUGGGUUCUGUGGGGGGGUAUGACACUUAGAAAGAAGAAUGAACCACUUGGCUCCAAAAUGUGUUGUUGAUUAUCACUCCAAAGAUGAUAUAGGUGGUGGUAUAUAAGGGCAUAUAGCAUGGGGUCAUCUUCAGACAGUUAUCUAUAAACUACUUCAACUCAAUGUAUCAGCUCUCAGCCUGACGGCCUAGUUCGUCUUUGUGAUGAGCAUUUAAGAAGCUUUUGAGCCCUGUUCUUUUGAUCUUGUUAAUAUCAUAAUUUACCUUUUUAUAAUAUUUUGUAUCAAUGUUGAAACGAGUUGUCUUUGUGUUUUCCGUUGUUCCAGUCCCCAGUCGUCGUCCUUGUCGUAUGUAUUACGUGGAGACUGUGGGGGAGAUAGCUGACCACGCCUGGGUACCUGGGAAAGUUACCUACCCCUUCACAGGAGGAGAGCAGUUUACAGACCUGCCUGUGCUGAGACGGAGAGGGAAACAGAGGGAAAAAGACUACAAAUACACAGUAACUGACCACAGACAACUGUCAACUCCUGUUGCUUUUAAUACACAGUAACUGACUACAGACAACUGUCAACUCCUGUUGCUUUUAAUACACAGUAACUGACUACAGACAACUGUCAACUCCUGUUGCUUUUAAUACACAGUAACUGACUACAGACAACUGUCAACUCCUGUUGCUUUUAAUACACAGUAACUGACUACAGACAACUGUCAACUCCUGUUGCUUUUAAUACACAGUAACUGACUACAGACAACUGUCAACUCCUGUUGCUUUUAAUACACAGUAACUGACUACAGACAACUGUCAACUCCUGUUGCUUUUAAUACACAGUAACUGACUACAGACAACUGUCAACUCCUGUUGCUUUUAAUACACAGUAACUGACUACAGACAACUGUCAACUCCUGUUGCUUUUAAUUUAGCUCACAUUGUGUGUUGCUGUUAGUAGUGAUAUGUUUCAAGUCCCAAAUCGCUUUUGUCGUUGUAAAGGAACAGAAUAGUUUCAUUGCAUGUCUGGAAGAUUUGGAAGAUUAUACUCAAAUACUGUCUAUUCCACAAAGACAACAACUCCAUAUAGUUUAGAAAGAAGGACAUCUUUGACAGGUGGCAGCUUUUGUCCUGAUGGCUGUCGUCUCUCCCCUGUAGAUACCCAAGCGUCUGUUGGAGUCGUGGAAAGUCAGUGUGCUUGAAGCUGAGUUUCUCCUACCUGACUUGCUGAAGAAUACUGCUGUCUCUUCUUCCAUGGCCUCUAACGGUGAAGAGCGGGUGUCCUCCCCGCUGCCUGAUAAAAAACCAUCCGAGGCCCCCUCUUGUUCCUCCUCUAACCUCACUGCACCCUCCUCCUUCAGCCCUCACCCCAGUAGAAACAAACAUCUGACCGUAGUGAACGAAAGUAGCAGCAAAAAGAAGAGGAAGAGGAAGGGUUUGGCGGAGAUCUUUGGUCAUAUAGCUGGAAGUCCCACAGAGUCACUAAGCAUCCUAGACCUGGCCAACCAAACGCCUGCUGCCUCAGCUGAUCCACUGAAAGAAGGAGAUCCCAAGGACUCUCCAUACGCAGACCUGGAUUCUGUACCGACCAUUGUACGUCCCAAACGGUCUGAGAAACUUGCUAAAGAAGACACAGAGAAACCGUCUGAACCCUCAAAAGAGGAGGCAGAGAAAGUGGGCAAGAAGGAGCGGGCGACUCCUCCUGAAAAGGAGCGGGCUACGCCUCCUGAAAAGGACAGGCAUGUGGUCGUGGUGGUCCCUAGGCAUGUAGUUCCCAUCUCCCCAUCCCCAAGCAUUUUAGCAAACAAAUCCCUUUUCAAUUACAGAACUACGAAAAACACAAAUGUUUUACAGUCAAAACAGAAGUUGGGCAGCUCUUCUGAACUGAAGAAUAAAAAUGCUCUUGAUAAGCUCAGCUCUCUGCAUCUCCCUGCCAGCAGACGUCUGAUGACCAGGGCCCUGAAAGCAGAGGAAGAGACAGAACUCAAAGAGGCCCUGCUGGCCUCAAGCCAAAACUUGACAAACGAUAGGCUUAAUGUGCAUUCUUCUUCUUCUGAUGAUGAUGAUGAUGAUGAUGUGAGCGAUAAUGUUCCAAUCAAAACAGAGUCGUCUACUAGCAGGGAUUCUUCACCAGACAAAACCAUAUCCUCUGUAAGUCACAGCUCUCCGAAAAAACACCCCAAUUCUGAUUGGAAGCACCUCCACAACGGCUCGUGGAAACAUUCUGAAGAUGUGACUCCAGGGUCCAGUAAGCCUGCCAUACCCCCUAUUAAGGUCAAGGAAGAGAACAUUGUCUCAGACAUAUCCUCCUGUACUUCCCCCACCUCCUCUCUCUCUCCCAUGGACGCUUUCCAGGUUGUCAAGGAGCUGUCGUUCAAAUCCUCAGUGAAGGAGGAGAGUGACUCUGGGGACUCUAACGCUAACUUUAAACCUGAGCCUAAUUACAAGUUCAGUAGUUUCCUGAUGCUCCUGAAGGACAUGCAUGAUACCAGGGAGAAAGAGGGCCAGGCCCUGACCAUGCCUCCCUCGCCAGCCCUCAUCCAGGAGGAGCCCAUGGUUAUACCCACCGCCAGAGCACCAGACGACCCCCUGAACACUGCUGCUGGCGGGGACUGGACACCAGCGGGGACCAAAAUCCAAAACGGCCAACGCCCGAGCUCGCCGACACCCAAGAGCACACCGGCCAAACCCAAGUCCAGAACUAAACCCAUCAUGAAAAACGACACGUACAAACUUGAAGGGAAAACGGUGCUUGCUCAGAUGGUGGCGAACGCGGUGGAGAAGCAGAAGCAGCAGCGGAGGAAGCAGAGGCCUCCAGCCAAGCUCCGGGCCACCAUCGCUGGUCUCUCUCCCGAGAUGGCCGACCUAGCCUGGGGGAGGGAGUUUGUCUCUGGGCACGCUGACCUGGCUGAGCCUCGUCCUCUUCCUCCUGUCCCCUCCGCUGCUGACUCCUCAUCCUACCUCGACAAGAGCCCGGGUACCAAAGUGGCCCCUAAGAAGCGCUGGCAGACGUUUGCGCAGCAGGGCCCAGUGAAGCCAGGGAAGGAUGCAAGGGCCCUGGGUGGGGUGGCCUCACCGCAGGGGCCUGCAGAGGUGAAUGGGGUCUACAGAGACUGCCAGGGAGGGACACAAGACCCCAUCAGGUCCCCUGAUCUGAACCUGGGGAUGGAGAAGCAAGAUGACACAUCAGGUAAGACUUGAAUGGGUUUCAGUACCAGCAGUGUUUUAUGUCAACAGUUAGCUUUUUAUUUUAGUUUUAGAGAUUGAUUUGAUUGAUUGAUUAUUUAUUCCCACAGCAAAUUCUGAAAACAAACGGCUGAGGAAACCGAGCAAAAGACUCCUGGAAUCCACAGAGGAGGAACAAUUCUUCUCCCCGAAGAAAAAACUAAAGAAACCUCUGGAACCUUCCAAAACCCCUCUGAGCCCUUCUACAUCCCCAGCACUGCUAAAGUACACCUCUACCCCCAGCCCCACCCCUGGCCCUACCUCUGGGGAGCCAGCCAGCCCCAUCCUUGGCCCUACCUCUGGGGAGUCAGCCAGCCCAACCACUGGCCCUACCUCUGGGGAGUCAGCCAGCCCAACCACUGGCCCUACCUCUGGGGACUCAGCCAACCCCACACCUGGCCCUACCUCUGGGGAGUCAGCCAACCCCACACCUGGCCCUACCUUUGGGGAGUCAGCCAACCCCACACCUGGCCCUACCUUUGGGGAGUCAGCCAGCCCAACCACUGGCCCUACCUCUGGGGAGCCAGCCAGCACCAAGGCCCCAGCAGGGCUGAAACAGAGUCUGUCUCAAGAUGUCCUCCACCGUGUUAUAGAAUCAUUAUCCAAACAACCCCCAGCAGUGACCUCUUUCUCUACUGAAUCAUCAUCAGAUGGGACAAACCCUCCUCUGCUCUCUGGUAAGCAGACAGUCAAAAAAAAAACAUAUCCAAAAACAUCUCUCAUACGGCAAUGCUGUCUUAUGUAAUACAAGAGACAGAUAUAUUCUAUUGGGGAAAGUAGCUCCAUUGGGGGAAGUAGCUCCAUUGGGGGAAGUAGCUCCAAUUGGGGGAAGUAGCUCCAUUUGGGGGAAGUAGCUCCAUUUGGGGGAAGUAGCUCCAUUGGGGGAAGUAGCUCCAUUUGGGGGAAGUAGCUCCAUUUGGGGGAAGUAGCUCCAUUUGGGGGAAGUAGCUCCAUUUGGGGGAAGUAGCUCCAUUUGGGGGAAGUAGUUAUGAUAAUGAAAACAAAUCCUCCUCAUAUUUUCAGAUACAGUAGAUUUUGGGUAUUUAAAUGUCUGGUCAUUCCCCAGCCCCAGUAUCCCUGGAGAGGAAGAGGCCAAGGAAGCUGUCUCACAAGGUCCUGGAAUGCACCAUAGAAGAAAUGUCACUCAGUCCUCCAAAGAAGAAGGAGUUGAAGAAGCAGAGUGCACAGACAGAGGAGAGGACUGACGUCAGGGACACUCAGGUAAGGCUGAAUCAACUAACCAACAGCCAUAUUAACACAACUAUACUGCUACAGUACCACUCUGAAACGGGUCUAAUUAUGUCAUUUCUUUGACAGGUUAAGUCUGUGAAGAAAGAAGUGCCUGUAUCCAGCUUGACAACUCCAGAGAGCAUGGUUUCACUGCAGGCCUCCUCCCCUGCCCGGACCCCUAGCCCUACAGUGCUCCUCACCCCCAAGGCAGAGACCGAGAACAUCAGUCCUGGGGUGGGAGGAGAGAGCCACACCAACGGAGAGCGAACACCCAAACCUGAGGUCAGCAUAAACACCUUUUUCAACCUGUGUGAAAAGAUGACUAGUUUCAUGCUAUGAUGCCAGCAUUCACCCUGAGGUAGAAUUGUACUAGUGCUGUAAGCCCCCCCACACCUUAACCAAUAUGUUGUGUAAUAACACCUCUCCUCUCCUCCAGGUGUUCUCUCCUGGUCUGAAUGACAGUUUCUCCCUACCUGGUGACGGGUCCCUGCUCUCCGGCACUAAGAAGAACACAGGAGAGAAAGGAGGAGCUGCAUCCAUGAAGGAGAAUGUCUGUCAGGUAGGUCAACCAACAACAUGCCACAACCGCUCUAUUUUGUAGUGGCAGAAUCAGUCAAAAUAGCUCUAACCUCGAUUUCCAGGCUUUCAACCCAUCAGUUCAGAAAUAGCCGUUCCCAAUAGCCGAGUGAUGAAUGAGGUUUGGGAGUAUCGUAACGCAAGACUAAAGUGUGUGUGUGUGUGUGUGUGUGUGUGUGUGUGUGUGUGUGUGUGUGUGUCUUGCAGGUGUGUGAGAGGACAGGCGAGCUGCUGCUGUGUGAGGGCCAGUGCUGUGGGGCGUUCCAUCUGCAGUGUAUCGGCCUAUCAGAAGCCCCCAGAGGGAAGUUCAUCUGUUGUGAAUGCACUAAAGGUGAGUCUCUACCUGUCCGUGUACACCUCUGUCCAUUUACAGUGGGGGGAAAAAAGUAUUUAGUCAGCCACCAAUUGUGCAAGUUCUCCCACUUAAAAAGAUGAGAGAGGCCUGUAAUUUUCAUCAUAGGUACACGUCAACUAUGACAGACAAAUUGAGGAUUUUUAAUGAAUUUAUUUGCAAAUUAUGGUGGAAAAUAAGUAUUUGGUCACCUACAAACAAGCAAGAUUUCUGGCUCUCACAGACCUGUAACUUCUUCUUUAAGAGGCUCCUCUGUCCUCCACUCGUUACCUGUAUUAAUGGCACCUGUUUGUACUUGUUAUCAGUAUAAAAGACAACUGUCCACAACCUCAAACAGUCACACUCCAAACUCCACUAUGGCCAAGACCAAAGAGCUGUCAAAGGACACAAGAAACAAAAUUGUAGACCUGCACCAGGCUGGGAAGACUGAAUCUGCAAUAGGUAAGCAGCUUGGUUUGAAGAAAUCAACUGUGGGAGCAAUUAUUAGGAAAUGGAAGACAUACAAGACCACUGAUAAUCUCCCUCGAUCUGGGGCUCCACGCAAGAUCUCACCCCGUGGGGUCAAAAUGAUCACAAGAACGGUGAGCAAAAAUCCCAGAACCACACGGGGGGACCUAGUGAAUGACCUGCAGAGAGCUUGGACCAAAGUAACAAAGCCUACCAUCAGUAACACACUACGCCGCCAGGGACUCAAAUCCUGCAGUGCCAGACGUGUCCCCCUGCUUAAGCCAGUACAUGUCCAGGCCCGUCUGAAGUUUGCUAGAGUGCAUUUGGAUGAUCCAGAAGAGGAUUGGGAGAAUGUCAUAUGGUCAGAUGAAACCAAAAUAGAACUUUUUGGUAAAAACUCAACUCGUCGUGUUUGGAGGACAAAGAAUGCUGAGUUGCAUCCAAAGAACACCAUACCUACUGUGAAGCAUGGGGGUGGAAACAUCAUGCUUUGGGGCUGUUUUUCUGCAAAGGUACCAGGACGACUGAUCCGUGUAAAGGAAAGAAUGAAUGGGGCCAUGUAUUGUGAGAUUUUGAGUGAAAACCUCCUUCCAACAGCAAGGGCAUUGAAGAUGAAACGUGGCUGGGUCUUUCAGCAUGACAAUGAUCCCAAACACACCGCCCGGGCAACGAAGGAGUGGCUUCGUAAGAAGCAUUUCAAGGUCCUGGAGUGGCCUAGCCAGUCUCCAGAUCUCAACCCCAUAGAACAUCUUUGGAGGGAGUUGAAAGUCCGUGUUGCCCAGCGACAGCCCCAAAACAUCACUGCUCUAGAGGAGAUCUGCAUGGAGGAAUGGGCCAAAAUACCAGCAACAGUGUGUGAAAACCUUGUGAAGACUUACAGAAAACGUUUGACCUGUGUCAUUGCCAACAAAGGGUAUAUAACAAAGUAUUGAGAAACUUUUGUUAUUGACCAAAUACUUAUUUUCCACCAUAAUUUGCAAAUAAAUUCAUUAAAAAUCCUACAAUGUGAUUUUCUGGAGAAAGAAAAUCUCAUUUUGUCUGUCAUAGUUGACGUGUACCUAUGAUGAAAAUGACAGGCCUCUCUCAUCUUUCUAAGUGGGAGAACUUGCACAAUUGGUGGCUGACUAAAUACUUUUUUUCCCCCACUGUACAUUUGUGUCAUUUAGCAGACGCUCUUAUCCAAAACAGGUAAGGCUGCCUGGCACCAUUCUAAUCUUACAGGAGCCAUUUACACCUGGUGCAGCCUCACCUAUAUACAUAUUCACCUUGACUUAACACUGUGUUACUAAGGUCUUACACCUGUACAGUGAUACUGCCAUGCUCAUAGAGCAUGUCUCUGCAUCUGACAGAGGUACUCUGUAUCUAUACCCACAAUGUAUGUAAGCUGCUUUGGUGUAUCACAAAGCUAAGAGUGUAUCCUUUCCGUUGCAGGGGUCCACACGUGCUUUGUGUGUAAGAAGUCUGGUGACGGUGUGAAGAGGUGCAUGGUGCCUGUCUGUGGGAAGUUCUACCACAACGAGUGUAUCCUGAAACACACACCCACCCAGCACCAGAAUAAAGGGGUUCGCUGCUCCCUCCACGUCUGUCUGUCCUGCCACAUCACCAACCCCCUCAACCCCUGCAAUUCCAAAAGUAGGUUCCACUUCCACUCUGCUUUGAUAGAACCAGGGGUAAAGUAGAAUUCAUUUCUUCCCGGUACGAGACCUCCUAUAUGUGCACGAGUGCACCAACAUUUGUGCACUAUUAAUUCAAUAGGAUCUCUGUGGGCCUAGUCGUAAAGAUUAGUAAUUUAACUAGUCAAAUGGAUUACCUUUUUAUUGUGGCAUAAACACAACCAGUCAUGAUGUUUUCAUCUGAUUGUCAAACAAUCACUUCAGAAGGCUCCUUUACCAGGCUACCUGCACACAUUCAUCCACUAGAAACAUAUCCCAGCCUCCAAACAGUGGUGAAAGGAAAGAGACAUCUGUUACACAAAACACCAAAAAAGUGUAAUGACAUUUGGCGAUUGUCAUUAGGCCAGAAUUUCUGCGUCUACUGCUGUCUGCGCGCGUCUCUGUGUCGAGCCACUCAUCUCUGCCUUGGCAAACUGUCCGUGAUCUCGUCGAACCACAUCACAUUUUGGAGCGUAGGCUUUACCACCCGUUUUCAAGGCCAUUCGCCCAUUUGUCACGCCUCUGACAUGCAGUAAUGAUAGGAAAUGGUGUAAUAGCCGACGGUUCUUGACAUUUUGUUUGAAUUAUUGUGAUAGGCUCAUGUUUUACUGGUACGGUGCAGGGACACCGGACCGGACCGGACCGCCUUACUUUCACCCCUGGCAGAAUAGAAAUAGACCUAGGCUAUAGGUUUUGUUUGGAAUUGGAAGUGACACGAUUAGAGUAGAGUUGAGUGAUUUCUUUUUAUGGGAUGGAAAACCGAUUGCUACAGUAGAAUUGAAACAUAACAAGUAGGGCUGAAAACCUGUAAUGUGAUUGGAGGACUAAGAUUAGCUACAAACAUCACUGCAGAUUCUCUGUUUGUCUGGGAUGGGAUCCUAGUUUCUAACAUGGCUGUGGAGAUGUUUUGGUGUGUGUGUGUGUGUGUGUGUGUGUGUGUUGUUUUUGACCUGUGUUCCCUCCUCUAGGUCGUCUGACCCGCUGCGUGCGCUGCCCUGUGGCGUACCACGCUAACGACUACUGCAUGGCGGCGGGCAGCGUAGUCCUGGCCAACAACAGCUUCCUGUGUCCCAACCACUUCACCCCCCGCAAGAACUACAAGAACCACGAACACAUCAACGUCAGCUGGUGCUUCGUCUGCUCAGAAGGUUGGUGACUGGUUGGGUUGCUGUUGGUUAUUGAUUGGUGGGUUGAUUGGUUGAGUGUUGUCAGUCUUGCAGAGUCCAUUAUACAAAUGUGGUGGUAUUAUUAUUAGAGGUGGAGUAAUCAUUUGAGUAGGAGUGUGGUGGAGUAAUAAUUUGAGUAGGAGGUUGGUGGAGUAAUAAUUUGAGUAGGAGUGUGGUGGAGUAAUAAUUUGAGUAGGAGUGUGGUGGAGUAAUAAUUUGAGUAGGAGUGUGGUGGAGUAAUAAUUUGAGUAGGAGUGUGGUGGAGUAAUAAUUUGAGUAGGAGUGUGGUGGAGUAAUAUGUGGAUGACCUAUGCUUAGGACUGUUGGGGUGACCAUAUUACCGGCGGUCACGAGUCAUGAAGGCAGUCAAAUUCCACGUGACCGUUUAGUCAUAGUAAUUAUGCUUCUCCAAGCUCUGAUGCUGCUGCUGGUCAUUAGUAGCCUACCAAACUUGCUAACUGCCUGGUACUCAGCACUCUAUUGUCCCUCUAAUCACUCUGACAUCAAUGCAAAUGUAUUUGAAAAUCUAAUCAAACACUUCACGAGAGCCCAUGAGCUCAUGUUGCGCAACAUUUCAAUAGGCUGUGCAAUUGCGUGAGAAAACAGAGUGAUGGCCUCUAUUAAAAAGAUGAGGAUCCCAUCAGCUUUCUAUAGGCUAGGCCUACUAUAUUUAUUUCUCAACUUUCCUAAUAUUAAGCACAUUGCUUAUAAACUCAGCAAAAAAAGAAACGUCCUCUCACUGUCAACUGCAUUUAUUUUCAGCAAACUUAACAUGUGUAAAUAUUUGUAUGAACAUAACAAGAUUCAACAACUGAGACAUAAACUGAACAAGUUCCACAGACAUGUGACUAACAGAAAUGGGAUAAUGUGUCCCUGAACAAAGGGGGGGGGGUCAAAAUCAAAGUAACAGUCAGUAUCUGGUGUGGCCACCAGCUGCAUUAAGUACUGCAGUGCAUCUCCUCCUCAUGGACUGCACCAGAUUUGCCAGUUCUUGCUGUGAGAUGUUACCCCACUCUUCCACCAAGGCACCUGCAAGUUCCCGGACAUUUCUGGGGGGAAUGGCCCUAGCCCUCACCCUCUGAUCCAACAGGUCCCAGACGUGCUCAAUGGGAUGGAGAUCCGGGCUCUUCGCUGGCCAUGGCAGAACACUGACAUUCCUGUCUUGCAGGAAAUCACGUCCAGAACGAGCAGUAUGGCUGGUGGCAUUGUCAUGCUGGAGGGUCAUGUCAGGAUGAGCCUGCAGGAAGGGUACCACAUGAGGGAGGAGGAUGUCUUCCCUGUAACGCACAACGUUGAGAUUGCCUGCAAUGACAACAAGCUCAGUCUGAUGAUGCUGUGACACACCGCCCCAGACCAUGACGGACCCUCCAAAUCGAUCCUCGGUGUAACGCUCAUUCCUUCGACGAUAAACGCAAAUCCGACCAUCACCCCUGGUGAGACAAAACCGCGACUCGUCAGUGAAGAGCACUUUUUGCCAGUCCUGUCUGGUCCAGCGACAGUGGGUUUGUGCCCAUAGGCGACGUUGUUGCCGGUGAUGUCUGGUGAGGACCUGCCUUACAACAGGCCUACAAGCCCUCAGUCCAGCCUCUCUCAGCCUAUUGCGGACAGUCUGAGCACUGAUGGAGGGAUUGUGCUUUCCUGGUGUAACUCGGGCAGUUGUUGUUGCCAUCCUGUACCUGUCCCACAGGUGUGAUGUUUGGAUGUACCGAUCCUGUGCAGGUGUUGUUACACGUGGUCUGCCACUGCGAGGACGAUCAGCUGUCCGUCCUGUCUCCCUGUAGCGCUGUCUUAGGCGUCUCACAGUACGGACAUUGCAAUUUAUUGCCCUGGCCACAUCUGCAGUCCUCAUGCCUCCUUGCAGCAUGCCUAAGGCACGUUCACGCAGAUGAGCAGGAACCCUGGGCAUCUUUCUUUUGGUGUUUUUCAGAGUCAGUAGAAAGGCCUCUUUAGUGUCCUAAGUUUUCAUAACUGUGACCUGUAAUUGCCUACCGUCUGUAAGCUGUUAGUGUCUUAACGACCGUUCCACAGAUGCAUGUUCAUUAAUUGUCUAUGGUUUGUCUUAACGACCGUUCCACAGAUGCAUGUUCAUUAGUUGUUUAUGGUUUUUUGAACAAGCAUGGGAAACAGUGUUUAAACCCUUUACAAUGAAGAUCUGUGAAGUAAUUUGGAUUUUUACGAAUUAUCUUUGAAAGUCCUGAAAAAGGGACGUUUCUUUUUUUUCUGAGUUUAUUUACGACAGGAGUAUAGCCUACCUGGCUGGCAUGAAAAUAAACCACGAGGAAUAGCGUCCUCCAUUCGCUAUUUAAGUGCAUAGAUUACAUGUAGUUCUUUCCCACUGCCCCAGUUUCGAGACAGGUGCAUGAUAAUGGUCCAUUCUAAAUCAAAACAAAUUUCACACAUAUGUUAUUUAGUAUAUGUAAAGACAAGAUUAAAUCAAGAAUAGUCUGAUGGGUGACAAUAUUAGCUUAUCACUUGUGAAUUAUAUAUCACUUGUGAAUGAUGCCCAGCAUAAGAAACAAUGCCUUUUUUUUGCGACUUGUUUGAAUCAUCGUCACACACCUCAUGUAGCCCAUUAAUGUGGAUUAAUGUGCUUAAUUUUAAGAAGUUAUUUGGCCACUUUAGUUGUGAUACAAACCUUGUCAAAAAAUAUGGGCCUAUAUUUUUUGACAAGGUUUGUAUCACAACUAAAGUGGCCAAAUAACUUCUUAAAAUUAAGCACAUUAAUCCGCUUUACAAGGGGUGUAGAGCCUAACUGGCAUACAUAAGUAGCGCGUGAGUUUCAAGUUUGGGGAAGAUAACUUUCACCAUAAAAAUGCACCUUUUUAUAAUAAAAGCAUGAAAUGCAUAUUUGCAUUUGUGGUCACUGUUGAUAAUGGUGUUUUCCUGCUAAUGGAACAUUCACACUUAUAGCCUACUGCCGUGUGCACAUUGCUGCGCUUAUAAUGUAAAGAAAUAGCCUAAUAGUUUAUCAACAUUUUAAGCUAAACGUUCUGAUCUGUUGCGUCAGCCUCAUUGUGUAGAAAAUGUUUUUUGAUGCUAGUGGUUGUAUUAAUUUGGGAUCUAUUGCAUCCCACAACUGUUUCGAAUAUUUAUUUCUCGCACAGAAUAAAAUAGGUUAACCUUUGUACUAUGGGGGACAGUAGAUUGACAUAGGCCAGUGCAUCUGCUGUUCGUAAGGCCUACUCAUCUUGUUGGCUGACGAAAAGUACAUGUGGACAGUUCUUCCAAUAUCUUCAAUAUGCACCUUGGAAUUGGAUAAGGACGUACGCAGUUGCGUCCCCGAUGUGUCUGUCUUCACUUGUAGCCUGUGAGAAAGACCCGAUCACGUGAUGGAGUGCACAGCACUCAGGGAGAAGGGCACAACGGCCACUGGCCGCGAAAGGCAUGGAUUUUUUUAGGGUGCAUUACGGCCACACAAAAGUGAUGCCGCCAUUAAAUUCUAGCUUUUUUUCAAGUGCUUGUCAAAUUGUGAAUGAGUGACUUGGAGUGUGUACAGCCUGCGCAAAAAACAAAGCAGAGCUCAUGCUUUUCAAGCGACUUUUUUCAAAUCAUCAUUAGAGUCGCAUCAUGCAGCCUUACAAUGUAUUAAAAAUCAAAACAUAUAGCCCAACGUUUGUAGAACAACUAAAGUUACAUUAAUAACUCUAAAUUAUGGAGGUGUAUCAUAUAUAACAUACUUGCAAAUUUUAAUCAAAUUUGGCAUGAGAAUAGGUUGACUUUUGUAAACUCAAGUAUUUUAAUUCUGAAAUAGAUCCUAUAUGGAUGGUGUUAAGAGAUAGAUGGGAGGUGUUGAAUGGAGUUGAAGGAUGGGACUAAUAACAAAUAACAACAAAUAAUAACAAAGAUAGCUAAUAAUGUAAGCAUACUGUGUCCAUAACAAGUAUAUAGGUUGGAUGUUGGGAGCUUUUGGGAAAGAGCACAGUUAGAAAGAUAUGGCAUAUAGAAGCAAACCGGAUGGACAUCAUGAAAAUGAUCGGAGAGGUUGAGAGUAUUGUGGUCCUCUGUAGCUCAGCUGGUAGAGCACGGCGCUUGUAACGCCAAGGUAGUGGGUUCGAUCCCCGGGACCACCCAUACACAAAAAAUGUAUGCACGCACGACUGUAAGUCGCUUUGGAUAAAAGCGUCUGCUAAAUGGCAUAUUAUUAUUAUUAUUAUUAUUAAGAAGUUCAGGAGCAAAAAAAUUAAUAAAAUAAAAUAUAAAAUAAAAAUAUAUAUAAUAGAAUUAUUGUAAAAUUAACUCUGUCCAUAAGGUGUAGAAGUAAGUUAGACCGUAUAAGGCAGCAUGUUGUUACUAAUUACUCCGUAGGGAAGUGUGGGGUUGAAAAGUAAUAAGGAAUAUCAAUGUGUGGAAGGAACAAACUUAAGAGAUACCUGCAAUAACACCUUCCCCCCCCCAAAAAAAAAAAAUAUUACUAAAAUAAUAAAAAAACAAAAAAAUAUAAAAGACAAAAUAUAAUAUAAACGUAAAACUUUAAAAUAAUAAAUAAAAAAAAAUCUAAAUGCAUAGGAGUCUGUUUCAUAUUCUCAGAAAAAUAAGCCACAGAAUUCUAAAGCAAAUCUUGUUGCUAAAUGAACUAGUGUAAGGCCCACAGCCAUUUGGCCUAGCCACCAUCAGGCCUUACCUAUAGGACAAACUCAGAGUAUGCUAUUAUGUUCUUCUGAAAUAGACUACAUUUUCUUCAUAUCAUGUUUCUUUCGACCUGUCUAAAAUAAAUAAUGGAUUUAUUGUGAAGGUGUAGGCUAUAUUACAUGGAUUUAUUAGACUUUUUAAAUGUUGAUGUUCCAAAGGUCAGCAUCAGUGGCUUGUAGGCUAUGUGUGGAAGCCAGGAGAUGCUACUCCUGAGACCACUCCUGAGUGGCGCAGUGGUCUAAGACGCCGCAUCGCAGUGCUAACUGUGCCACUAGAGAUCCUGGUUCGAAUCCAGGCUCUGUCGCAGCCGGCCGCGACCGGGAGACUCAUGGGCGGCGCACAAUUGGCCCAGCGUCGUCCAGGGUAGGGAGGGAAUGGCCGGCAGGGAUGUAGCUCAGUUGAUAGAGCAUGGCGUUUGCAACGCCAGGGUUGUGGGUUCGAUUCCCACGGGGCCAGUAUAAAAAUAUAUGUAUUCACUAACUGUAGUCGCUCUGGAUAAGAGCGUCUGCUAAAUGUGUUUAUGUUAAUUAACGGUCAAUUACCGUGAGACCGACAGUUAUUUGCUUGACAAUCACCUGCUGACGAAAUUUCGCGACUGCCACAGCCCUACCUACGCUCCUCACAGAGUAAAAAGGUUGAAGUGAAACAUAAAGUGAAAUGAAGCAUUCAGCCUCCCAUCCUGAGGUCAUUGGGUCAGAUCUGGUUGACUUUGUGUCUGAGCUGCACCUCCUCCUGUCUCCCUGCAGGGGGCAGUCUGCUGUGCUGCGAGUCCUGUCCUGCUGCCUUCCACCGAGAGUGUCUGAACAUCGAGAUGCCCGAGGGGAGCUGGUUCUGCAACGACUGCAAGGCCGGGAAGAAACCACACUUCAAGGACAUCCUCUGGGUUAAAGUGGGAAGAUACAAGUAAGAAACACUGGUCUUUUAGAAAUAAUAUCCAUGCUUUUGGGCAGAACCAACUCAGUGAUACUUUUCGCCCGUGUCAACAUAUAAAAAAAAUUGCUCAAGAGCAGUACCUGAAACCCAGUCAUAUUGUUAUUGAUCAGAAUCUCUGUGUGUAUAAUCUGCAUCUACACUGAGUAUACCAAACAUUAGGAACACCUUUUCUAAUAUUGAGUUGCCGCUAUUACUGUUACGGUGAUCGUAUUACCGCCACACCGGCGGUCACGAGUCAUGAAGGCAGUCAAAUUCCACGUGACCGUUUAGUCACGGUAAUUAGGCUUCUCCAAGCUCUGAUGCUGCUGCUGGUCAUUAGGAGCCUACCAAACUUACUAACUGCCUGGUACUCAACACUCUAUUGUCCCUCUAAUCACUCUGACAUCAAUGCAAAUGUAAUCGAAGAUCUAACCCUUUUGCAAUUAUGUUAGCACAGCUGAAAACUGUUGGGCUGAUUUUAAAGAAGCAAUAAUAACUGGCCGCCAUGAGACUAGCUGAGUAUCUGGAGCAUCAGCGAUUGUGGGUUCGAUUACAGGCUCAAAAUGGCCAGAAACAAAUAACUUUCUUCUGAAACUCGUUAGUCUAUUCUUGUUCUGAGAAAAGAAGGCUAUUGCAUGCGAGAAAUUGCCAAGAAACGGAAGAUCUCAUACAACGCUGUGUACUACUCCCUUCACAGAACAGCGCAAACUGGCUCUAACCAGAAUAGAAAGAGCAGUGGGAGGCCCCGGUGCACAACUGAGCAAGAGGACAAAUACAUUAGUGUCUAGUUUGAGAAACAGACGCCUCACAGGUCCUCAACUGGCAGCUUCAUUAAAUGGUACCCGCAAAACACCAGUCUCAACGUCAACAGUGAAGAGGCGACUCCGGGAUGCUGACCUUCUAUGCAGAGUUGCAAAGAAAAAGCCAUAUCUCAGACUGGACAAUAAAAAGAAAAGAUUAAGAUGGGCUUCUUUAAUCAGCCCAACAGUUUUCAGCUGUGCUAACAUAAUUGCAAAAGGGUUUUCUAAUGAUCAAUUAGCCUUUUAAAAUGAUUAACUUGGAUUAGCAAACACAACGUGCCAUUGGAACACAGGACUGAUGGUUGCUGAAGGUCGAGAGCCGUGCGUCCUCCAUUAAAAUCAGCCGUUUCCAGCUACAAUAGCCAUUUACAACAUUAACAAUGUCUACACUGUAUUUCUGAUCAAUUUUAUGUAAUUUUAAUGGACAAAAAAAUGGCUUUUCUUUCGAAAACAAGGACAUUUCUAAGUGACCCCAAACUUUUGAACGGUAGUGUAUGUGAAGACAAUAUUAAAUCAAGACUAGUCUGAUGGGUGACAAUAUUAGCCUAUCACUUGUGAAUUAUAUAGUAUCACUUGUGAAUGAUGCCCAGCAUAAGGCAAGAAACAAAGCCUUUUUUUUUUGUACGACUUUUUCGAAUCAUAGUUACCACAGCCCCAGUUGCCACCACACCGGCAGUCAUGAGUCAUGACCGCAGUAAAAUUCCACGUGACCGUUGAGUCACGGUAAUCUCUAGACAUGCGUUGGUAGUACCUAACUGGCUAAUGACCAUCAGGUCCUAAUGGCACUCAGGACUCUGUUGUCCCUCUGACAUCAAUGCAAAUGCAAUCAAAAAUCACAUCAGACACUAAUCAUCAAAACAGUAUCUUGCUUUUAAAACUCACCUCACUGGGAUUGAUUUUGAAGAAAGAAGCUCAACAACAGGUUGAAACUGAGUGGAAAAACAGGCUUUGAAACAACAUCCACAAGGACUAACGCUUUCUACGGUGAUGAUUAAUUCAAAGCACUCAUAUGCAUAUUCGAGUUUAUGCAUAGGCCUAUGAGCCCAAGCCCCCUAAAAAAUGCCUGAAUUAAAAUAAUGAUUGUUAUACAAUUAAAUUAAAAUAAUGAUUGUUAUAUUGUAUUAUUAUUAUUAUUACCGAAUAUUAUGAGGAGAUUAAAUUGAGAAUAGUGAAAAUAAGAUAACUUGAUGAGAGAACAGCUGUGCAGCCUGAUGCAAGGGACAGAGAGCGAGCUUUCUUUGCUACUUUCUCAAAUCGUCAAUAGCCUUUAGUCGCAUCAUGCAGCCCAUACAUACCAUCAUGCAGCCCAUAUACACUAUAUACAGUUGAAGUCGGAAGUUUACAUACACCUUAGCCAAAUACAUUUAAACUCAGUUUUUCACAAUCCCUGUAGCUCAGUUGGUAGAGCAUGGCGCUUGCAACGCCAGGGUUGUGGGUUCGUUUCCCACGGGGGGGCCAGUAUGAAAAUGUAUGCACUCACUAACUGUAAGUCGCUCUGGAUAAGAGCGUCUGCUAAAUGACUAAAAUCUCAAAUGUAAAAAUGUAAUCCUACUAAAAAUUCCCUGUCUUAGGUCAGUUAGGAUCACCACUUUAUUUUAAGAAUGUGAAAUGUCAGAAUGAUAGUAGAGAGAAUUAUUUAUUUCAGCUUUGAUUUAUUUCAUCACAUUACCAGUGGGUCAGAAGUUAGUAUUUGGUAGCAUUGCCUUUAAAUUGUUUAACUUGGGUCAAACGUUUCGGGUAGCCUUCCACAAGCUUCCACAAUAAAUUGGGUGAAUUUUGGCCCAUUCCGCCUGACAGAGCUGGUGUAACUGGGUCAGGUUUGUAGGCCUCCUUGCUCGCACACGCUUUUUCAGUUCUGCCCACAUAUUUUCUAUAGGAUUGAGGUCAGGGCUUUGUGAUGGCCACUCCAAUACCUUGACUUUGUUGUCCUUAAGCCAUUUUGCCACAACUUUGGAAGUAUGCUUAGGGUCAUUGUCCAUUUGGAAGACCCAUUUGCAACCAAGCUUUAACUUCCUGACUGAUGUCUUGAGAUGUUGCUUCAAUAUAUCCACUUAAUUUUCCUUCCUCAUGAUGCCAUCUUAUUUGUGAAUUGCACCAGUCCCUCCUGCAGCAAAGCACCCCCACAGCAUCAUGCUGCCACCCCUGUGCUUCACAGUUGGGAUGGUGUUCUUCGGCUUGCAAGCGUUUCCCUUUUUCCUCCAAACAUAACGAUGGUCAUUAUGGCCAAACAGUUCUAUUUCUGUUUCAUCAGACCAGAGGACAUUUCUCCAAAAAGUACAAUCUUUGUCCCCAUCUGCAGUUUCAAACCGUAGUCUGUCUUUUUUAUGGCGGUUUUGGAGCAGUGGCUUCUUCCUUGCUGAGCGGCCUUUCAAGUUAUGUCGAUAUAGGACUCGUUUUACUGUGGAUAUAGGUACUUUUGUACCUGUUUCCGCCAGCAUCUUCACAAGGUCCUUUGCUGUUGUUCUGGGAUUGAUUUGCACCAAAGUACGUUCAUCUCUAGGAGACAACGCGUCUCCUUCCUUAGCGGUAUGACGGCUGCGUGGUCCCAUGGUGUUUAUACUUGCGUACUAUUGUUUGUACAGAUGAACGUGGUACCUUCAGGCGUUUGGAAAUUGCUCCAAAGGAUGAACCAGACUUGUGGAGGUCUACAAUUGUUUUUCUGAGGUCUUGGCUGAUUCCUUUUGAUUUUCCCAUGAUGUCAAGCAAAGAGGCACUGAGUUUGAAGGUAGGCCUUGAAAUACAUUCAUAGGUACACCUCCAAUUGACUCAAACGAUGUCAAUUAGCCUAUCAGAAGCUUCUAAAGCCAUGACAUCAUUUUCUGGAAUUUUCCAAGCUGUUUAAAGGCACAGUCAACUUAGUGUAUGUAAACUUCUGACCCACUGGAAUUGUGAUACAGUGAAAUAAUCUGUCUGUAAACAAUUGUUGGAAAUAUUACUUGUGUCAUGCACAAAGUAGAUGUCCUAACCAACUUGCCAAAACUAUAGUUUGUUAACAAGAAAUUUGUGAAGGGGUUGAAAAACGAGUUUUAAUGACUCCAACCUAAGUGCAUGUAAACUUCCGACUUCAACUGUAUACAGCAGUAUGUGGACACCCCUUCAAAUCAGUGGAUUUGGCUAUUUCAGCCACACCCGUUGCUGACAGGUGUAUAGAAUCGAGUACACAGCCAUGCAAUCUCCAUAGACAAACAUUGGGAGUAGAAUGGCCCGUACUGAAGAGCUCAGUGACUUUCAACAUGGCACUGUCAUAGGAUGCCACCUUUCCAACAAGGCAGUUAUUAUUAUUUAAAAAAUAUUACCCCCUUUUCGCCCCAAUUUUGUGGAAUCCAAUUGGUAGUUACAGUCUUGUCCCAUGACUGCAACUCCCGUACGGACUCGGGAGACGCGAAGGUCGAGAGCCGUGCGUCCUCCGAAACACAACCCAACCGAGCCGCAUUGCUUCUUGACACAAUGCCCGCUUAACCCGGAAGCCAGCCUCACCAAUGUGUCGGAGGAAACACCUGGCGACCGUGUCAGCGUGCACUGCGCCCGGGCUGCCACAGGAGUCGCUAGUGUGCGACGGGACAAGAACAUCCCUGCCGGCCAAACCCUCCCCUAACCUGGACGACACUGGGCCAAUUGUGCGCCGCCCCAUGGGUAUCCCGGUCGCGGCCGGCUGCCACCUUUCCAACAAGUCAGUUUGUCAAAAUUCUGCCCUACUAGAGAUGCCCCGGUCAACUGUAAGUGCUGUAAUUGUGAAGUGGAAACGUCUAGGAGCAACAACGGCUCAGCCUGGUAGGCCACACCAGCUCACAGAACGGGACCGCCGAGUGCUGAAGCGCGUAGCCCGUAAAAAUUGUUUGUCCUCGGUUGCAACACUCACUACCGAGAUCCAAACUGCCUCUGGAAGAAACGUCAGCACAAUAACUGUUCGUCGGGUUCUUCAUGAAGUGGGUUUCCAUAUCCGAGCAGCCGCACACAAGCCUAAGAUCAACAUGCGCAAUGCCAAGCGUCGGCUGGAGUGGUGUAAAGCUCGCCACCAUUGGACUCUGGAGCAGUGGAAACACGUUCUCUGGAGUGAUGAAUCACGCUUGGACUCUACAAGGUGUCGAAAGCGUUCCACAGGGAUGCUGGCCCAUGUUGACGCCAACGCUUCCCACAGUUGUGUGAAGUCAGCUGGAUGUCCUUUGGGUGGUGGACCUUUCUUGAUAAACACGGGAAACUGUUGAGCCUGAAAAACCCAGCAGCAUUGCAGUUCUUGACACAAACCGGUGUGCCUGGCAUCUACUACCAUACCCUGUUCAAAGGCACUUCAAUCUUUUUUUCUUGCCCAUUCACCCUCAAUGGCACACAUACACAAUCCAUGUCUCAAUUGUCUCAAGGCUUAAAAAUCCUUCUUUAACCUGUCUCCUCCCCUUCAUCUACACUGAUUUGAAGUGGAUUUAACAGGUUACAUCAAUAAGGGAUCAUAGCUUUCACCUGGAUUCACCUGGUCAGUCUAUGUCGUGGAAGGAGCAGGUGUUCUUAAUGUGUUUAGUCAAUGUAUAAUGUAAAAUCUGUAUCUCCUCUCCUUUGUUCAGGUGGUGGCCUGCGGAGGUGUGUCUUCCUAAGAACGUCCCAGAGAAGAUCCUCCGUAUGAAACACGAGGUGGGGGAGUUCCCCGUUCAGUUCUUUGGUUCUAAGGACUUCGCCUGGACCUACCAGGCCCGAGUCUUCCCUUACACGGAGGGAGAUGCCAACAACAAGGACAAGAUGGGGAAGGGUUGUGACGCCAUCUAUAAGAAAGGUUAGAAAGAAACCUCCUUUACUUGGUUACAAUAGAAUAUACAGUACCAGUCAAAAGUUUGGACACACCUACUCAUUCAAGGGUUUUUCUUUAUUUUAUUUUUUACAAUUUUCUACAUUGUAGAAUAAUAGUGAAGACAUCAAAACUAUGAAAUAACAUAUUUGAGAUUCUUCAAAGUAGCCACCCUUUGCCUUGAUGACAGCUUUGCACACUCUUGGCAUUCUCUCAACCAGCUUCAUGAGGUAGUCACCUGGAAUGCAUUUCAAUUAAUAGGUGUGCCUUGUUAAUUUGUGGAAUUUCUUUCCUUCUUAAUGCGUUUGAGCCAAUCAGUUGUGUUGUGACAAGGUAGGGGUGGUAUACAGAAGACAGCCCUAUUUGGUAAAAGACCAAGUCCAUAUUAUGGCAAGAACAGCUCAAAUAUGCAAAGAGAAACGACAGUCCAUCAUUACUUUAAGACAUGAAGGUCAGUCAAUCCGGAACAUUUCAAGAACUUUGAACGUUUCUUCAAGUGCAGUCCAAAAACCAUCAAGCGCUAUGAUGAAACUAGCUCUCAUGAGGACCGCCACAGGAAAGGAAGAACCAGUUACCUCUGCUGCAGAGGAUAAGUUCAUUAGAGUUAACUGCACCUCAGAUUGCAGCCCAAAUAAAUGCUUCACGGAGUUCAAGUAACAGAUACAUCUCAACAUCAACUGUUCAGAGGAGACUGCGUGAAUCAGGCCUUCAUUGAUGAAUUGCUGCAAAGAAACCACUACUAAAGGAUACCAAUAAGAAGAAGAGACUUGCUUUUUUUAUUUAACCUUUAUUUAACUAGGCAAGUCAGUUAAGAACAAAUUCUUAUUUACAAUGACGGCCUACACCGGCCAAACCCGGACGACGCUGGGCCAAUUGUGAGCCGCCCUAUGGGACUCCCAAUCACGGCCGGUUGUGAUACAGCCUGGAAUCGAACCAGGGGGUCUGUAGUGACGCCUCAAGCACUGAGAUGCAGUGUUUUAGACCGCUGCGCCACUCGGGAGCAAUGGGCAUUAGACCGGUGGAAAUCUGUCCUUUGGUCUGAUGAGUCCAAAUGAGAUUUUUGGUUCAAACCGCCGUGUCUUUGUGAGACGCAGAGUAGGUGAAUGGAUGAUCUCCGCGUGUGUGGUUCCCACCGUGAAGCAUGGAGGAGAUUGUGUGCUGGCACACUUAACCAGCAUGGCUACCACAGCAUUCUGCAGCGAUACGCCAUCCCAUCUGGUUUGCGCUUAGUGGGACUAUAAUUUGUUUUUCAACAGGACAAUGACCCAACACGCCUCCAGGCUGUGUAAGGGCUAUUUGACCAAGAAGGAGAGUGAUGGAGUGCUGCAUCAGAUGACCUGGCCUACACAAUCCCCCGACCUCAACCCAAUUGAGAUGGUUUGGGAUGAGUCGGACCGCAGAGUGAAGGAAAAGCAGCCAACAAGUGCUCAGCAUAUGUGGGAACUCCUUCAAGACUGUUGGAAAAGCAUUCCAGGUGAAGCUGGUUCAGAGAAUGCCAAGAGUGUGCAAAGCUGUCAUCAAGGUGAAGGGUAGCUACUUUGAAGAAUAUAAAAUAUAUUUGGAUUUGUUUAACACUUUUUUGAUUACUACGUGCUUCCAUAUGUGUUAUUUCAUAGUUUUGAUAUCUUCACUAUUAUUCAACAAUGUAGAAAAUAGUAAAAAUUAAGAAAAACCCUUGAAUGAGUAGGUUUGUCCAAACUUUUGACUGUAUAACAAACAAUAUACUUAAUUUUAGAAAACAAUACCAAAGAACCUUUCCUAUUUAGUGCAUUAAAAUGAAAGCUUGCCUAUUUUGGCACCUUAAACAGUCUUAAACAAUAGAGAUGUUUCCAGGUACCACAUGGCAGGGCUGAAAGCUUGCCAUUUGAGAUAUAUUAGCUAGCUGAUAACGCUAACUUCUGUUUCCUCUCAGCUCUGAAUGAAACAGCUGAGCGGUUCAUAGCGCUUCAGGCUGAGAAGGAGAUGAGACAGCUUCAGGAGGACAGGAGGAACGACAAGAAACCUCCUUCCUACGGACACAUCAAGGUACUGUCCCUUUAAACCUCCUCCCUACGGACACAUCAAGGUACUGCCCCUUUAUACCUCCUCCCUACAGACACAUCAAGGUACUGUCCCUUUAUACCUCCUCCCUACAGACACAUCAAGGUACUGCCCCUUUAUACCUCCUCCCUACAGACACAUCAAGGUACUGCCCCUUUAAACCUCCUCCCUACAGACACAUCAAGGUACUGCCCCUUUAAACCUCCUCCCUACGGACACAUCAAGGUACUGUCCCUUUAUACCUCCUCCCUACAGACACAUCAAGGUACUGCCCCUUUAUACCUCCUCCCUACAGACACAUCAAGGUACUGGCCCUUUAAACCUCCAUACAGACACAUCAAGGUACUGCCCCUUUAAACCUCCUCCCUACAGACACAUCAAGGUACUGUCCCUUUAAACCUCCUCCCUACAGACACAUCAAGGUACUGCCCCUUUAUACCUCCUCCCUACAGACACAUCAAGGUACUGCCCCUUUAAACCUCCUCCCUACGGACACAUCAAGGUACUGCCCCUUUAUACCUCCUCCCUACAGACACAUCAAGGUACUGUCCCUUUAAACCUCCUCCAUACGGACACAUCAAGGUACUGCCCCUUUAUACCUCCUCCCUACGGACACAUCAAGGUACUGUCCCUUUAUACCUCCUCCCUACGGACACAUCAAGGUACUGUCCCUUUAAACCUCCUCCAUACGGACACAUCAAGGUACUGCCCCUUUAUACCUCCUCCCUACGGACACAUCAAGGUACUGCCCCUUUAUACCUCCUCCCUACGGACACAUCAAGGUACUGCCCCUUUAUACCUCCUCCAGACGCAGAAGUCUGAAUUGCAUCUGCUGAUCUUAAGUGCUUAUUCUUCCCCUCAGGUGAACCGUCCAAUCGGCAAGGUCCAGAUCAUCACGGCGGACCUAUCGGAGGUACCGCGCUGUAACUGCAAGGCGUCUGAUGAGAACCCGUGUGGCAUCGACUCGGAGUGUAUCAACCGCAUGCUGAUGUACGAGUGCCACCCCCAGGUGUGUCUGGCAGGGGAGAGGUGCCAGAACCAGAGCUACACCAAGAGACAGUACACCCAGGUGGAGAUCUUCAGGACCUUGUCACGAGGCUGGGGGUUACGGGGCGUCUCCGACAUCAAGAAGGUACAGACAUCAAACUAGAACACCAACAGUUGCCCUUGUGGGUUUUAUUGUGUUUAGAGAAUCUUGUCCCACUACGGAUCUGCAUUGCUGCCUACAUAAUUGCCCCUUGUGGGAUAAUUGCCCCUUGUGGGAUAAAUAAAGUAUUUUGAAUUGAAUUCCACUGCCCUUUUCACCCGAUGUAUUCUUUGUUUGUCUCUGUUUUUAGAUGUGGACAUACAGUAGUAUAUUUACCCUCCAUACCACUGUGUCUGUGGUGUAAAAGGGGUUGUGUUUCUGCCGGACUAUAACCUGAGUCUGUACUCUUCUCCCUCUCUCAGGGUGCGUUUGUGAAUGAGUACGUGGGGGAGGUGAUAGACGAGGAGGAGUGCAGAGCCAGGAUCAGACAUGCUCAAGAGAACGACAUCUGUAACUUCUACAUGCUCACGCUGGACAAGGACCGGAUCAUAGACGCUGGACCCAAGGGGAACCAGGCGAGGUUCAUGAAUCACUGCUGCCAGCCCAACUGUGAGACCCAGAAGUGGACAGUAAACGGAGACACCAGGGUGGGGCUCUUCGCCCUGGAGGACAUCCCCAAAGGUCAGAGGAAGUAUCAACAAACCUACUGGAGCCUGGUUCCAUUUCUGUAACUAACUCCUGGAGCCUGGUUCCAUUUCUGUAACUAACUCCUGGAGCCUGGACUCCCGAGUAGCGCAGUGGUCUAAGGCACUGCAUCGCAGUGCUAGCUGUGCCACUAGAGAUCCUGGUUCGAAUCCAGGCUCUGUCGUAGCCGGCCACAACCAGGAGACCCAUGGGGCGGCGCACAUGGGUAGGGGAGGGAAUGGCCGGCAGGGAUGUAGAGCAUGGCGUUUGCAACGCCAGGGGGGCCAGUAUGAAAAAUAAAAUAAAAAUAUAAUGUAAGUCGCUCUGGAUAAGAGCGUCUGCUAAAUGACUAAAAUGUAAAUGGUGCCAUUUCUGUAACUAACUCCUGGAGCCUGGUUCCAUUUCUGUAAUUAGCUCUACCUCAGGCACUAGGGCUAGUGACCAAAAGUGUCUUUGUCAUUUGUAAAGAUUCAGAAGGUAACUGUGAAGAAUAAGAAGAAACAAACCUAAUUGUUCCUUAAUUAUGGACCAUGAUAUCAAAUCUGUUGGCCUUAUUAGAAUAGGAAUAAAGCUACCUGUACAGUACCUGACGGUGUAUUUUUAUUUGUGUGCAGGUGUGGAGCUGACCUUCAACUACAACCUGGAGUGUCUCGGUAACGGGAAGACAGUGUGUAAAUGUGGAGCGCCCAAUUGCUCUGGGUUCCUGGGCGUCCGACCAAAGGUAAGGCUCUGAGAAUGACAAAUGUCAACAUACAAAACAUAUAAAUGUAUCUAGAGAAAUGUACAGUAAGUGCCGACGACACAACAGUGGUAGGCCUGAUCACCGACAACGAUGAGACAGCCUAUAGGGAGGAAGUCAGAGACCUGGCCGUGUGGUGCCAGGAUAACAACCUCUCCCUCAACGUAACCAAGACAAAGGAGAUGAUUGUGGACUACAGGAAAAAAAAGAGGACUGAGCACGCCCCCAUUCUCAUCGACGGGGCUGUAGUGGAACAGGUUGAGAGCAUCAAGUUCCUUGGUGUCCACAUCACCAACGAACUAUCAUGGUCCAAACACACCAAGACAGUCGUGAAGAGGGCACGACAAAGCCUAUUCCCCCUCAGGGGACUGAAAAGAUUUGGCAUGGGUCCUCAGAUCCUCAAAAUAUUCUACAGCUGCACCAUCGAGAGCAUCCUGACUGGUUGCAUCACCGCCUGGUAUGGCAACUGCUUGGCCUCCGACCGCAAGGCUGGGGCCAAGCUUCCUGCCAUCCAGGACCUCUAUACCAGGCGGUGUCAGAGGAAGGCCGUAAAAAUUGUCAAAGACUGCAGCCACCCUAGUCAUAGACUGUUCUCUCUGCUACCGCACGGCAAGCGGUACCGGAGUGCCAAGUCUAGGUCCAAAAUACUUCUCAACAGCUUCUACCCCCAAGCCAUAAGACUCCUGAACAGCUAAUCAUGGCUAUCCAGACUAUUUGCACUGUCCCCCCACACCAUCCUUUUACGCUGCUGCUACUCUGUUAAUUAUUUAUGCAUAGUCACUUUAACUCUACCCACAUGUACAUAUUACUUCAACUAUCUCAACUAGCCGGUGCCCCCGCACAUUGACUCUGCACCGGUACCCCCCUGUAUAUAGCCUCCCUACUGUUAUUUUAUUUUACUUCUGCUAUUUUUUUCUCAACACUUUUUUGUUGUUUUAUUUUACUUUAUUUUAUUAAAAAUAAAUGCACUGUUGGUUAAGGGCUGUAAGUAAGCAUUUCACUGUAAUGUCUGCACCUGUUGUAUUCGGCGCAUGUGGCCAAUAACAUUUGAUUUGAUUUGAGUUAUACUAUAAAAAGGAAAGGUAGACUGGUGAAUAUAGCUGUCUAAAGUAAUGACCUGUCUGUCUGUCUGUCUGUCGCUCUGUCUGUCUGUCUGUCUGUCUGUCUGUCUGUCUCCCAGAACCAGCCAUCUAAAGCACGGGAAGGAAAGGAACUAAAGGAGGGCAAGAAGAAGAUUCUGGUGAAGAGGAAGCCUCAACUGGAGGUGACGAAGGAGCGGGAGGACGAGUGUUUCAGCUGUGGGGACGGAGGACAGAUCGUGUCCUGUAAGAAGCCAGGCUGUCCCAAGGUCUACCACGCAGACUGUCUCAACCUGGCCAAGAGACCUGCAGGUGGGUGAAGGGGCGAGAAACCACCUCCCACAUGGAGGCUCUUUGACCCAAAAUGGCUGUUAUAUUGUGUGUGAUUAUGUAUGGGACUUGCCGAAGAGGUUGUAGUCUGUAGAUUUUUGUGUCCUUAGAAUUCGUCAGCAAGGGAUUUGGGAAAAGUAACUUCCCACUGGGCACACCACGUCAUUUCAACGUGGAUAAUUGGGUAAUAUUUGGUUGAGACGUUGAUCAAUGAGAUUAAAACCUAUAUUCACCCACUCAAAAAGACAGCCAAAGGGUAGUUGAAUUUCCGAUUUGUUAUCACUAUGCUUUCAACCAUCUAAAAGCACAACCAACAUUCCAAUGGAAAAACCAUUUCUGAGUUUUAGUUUAGUUUAGUUUUCUAUCACAUUCAACCAUUUAAAAGAAGAGUAAAGUUCAAAGGUCAGAUAUUUAGUUUAUUCAUACAACAGAUGAUUGUGUUAUCACUGUGCUUCAUCUGUGAGCAGGACCAGAUGACCUGGAUUGCAGUUGAGAUUAAGUUAAAUAAAAAAAGGCCUACAUGGUGCAAGUGACCAGUGCCGUUUUGAGAUUCUGCGCAGAUUAUUACAGCAAUUGUGAAGAUCUCCACAGACCUGCGAUGACCUUUGCACACUAUCUUGAACAUGCACGCUUUCUAUGAUUACAUUAGAAGACAUGUAUAGUUACAGUAACCUCAAAAUGUGGCCAUGGAUGUGUUACUCAUUUUAAGGUAGAAUCUUACAUUAGUUUGUAAGAUGGCCAUAAAGAUAUAAUGCAACCAAAUAUCAACAUUUUAAAGGACAUGCAUCUACUUUUUGGAUAGUACCAUCUGAGCCACUGGCUUAAUCCCAUUCUUUAACUUUUAUUUUUGAUUGAGUUGGAGACAUGAAUCCAACAUAUCAUUUGUUAACUUGUCGAAAAGUUAAUAGUCUAUUUACCGUUGUUGUCAACGCAACCAAAUAUCAACAUUUGAAGGAGAUGCACCUUCUGCUUGGAUAGUUCCAUCUGUGCCACUGACUUAGUCUGGCUUAAUUCUUUAACUUUGAUAUUUGGUUGAGAUGGAGAUGUGAAUCCAACAUAUAAAUUGUUAAUUUGUAGACCAACUCAAAUUAAAGCCAGACUGGUGGCACAGAUGGAACUAUCCAAGCAGAAGGUGCAUCUCCUUCAAAUGUUCAUAUUUGGUUGCUUUGACAACCAAACACAAUUCAAUAUCACUAAAUAUAAUUAAAUAUGAAAUCAACCAGAGCCUGAAACCCUAGACCUAUUGUAUUGUCUAUUGUUAGUUGAAUUGAAAUAAUAUCUGUUGAUGACUUUGCAAAUGCUGUAUAGGCCUAAAUCUCAUCAUUGAUGAUAUAUUAGUGAUAAAGUAUGGUCACAUUUAAUUUGCUCUGUUAAGCCUACCCUUUGGAAUGACUUCGAUAGCAACAGUGAAUCUAUUUUUUUUUUAAAGUGGUAGUAGUCAGUGACAAAUAUCAUAGCUAAGCAGGCCUGGGCUUGGUUCAAACCCUGGCUGGGAGACCAAAGGGUAGCUGUAGAUAAAUAAAUUAUCCAGUAGGAGGCGCUGCCCAGCCUUUAUUUUUUUUUCUGAUAGUUGAUAUAAUGUUGAAGAUUUGACGUUGUAUUAAAGGUAUAAAUUCAACACAUUUUAUACAAGGUUUGUCUAUGUUGAAAUUUGGCUACCAUGAUGACAUAAUCCUGUGGUUGAAAUGUCACCCUCAAAACAACAUUUUACGUUGAUUUACUAUUUUUCCACGUAGAUUCCACGUCACAAUACACCAACAAAUUACGCUGAAACAAUGUUGAUUCAACCGGAUUGUGCCCAGUGGGUUAGAUUGAUUUAGUACAAUGGAGAAGGAAAGAAAUCAUGGUAGUAGUUUUUGCUUUUGUUCAAACCUCAAAGCUGGAGUUUCCUGAAGGACUGUAAGGAUCUGUACUACAGGAAUGUGUCUGGUGCUCUCUGUUGUAACAGUGAUUCUGUGUCUGUAUUCUAAGGCCGUUGGGAGUGCCCCUGGCACCAGUGUGACAUCUGCGGUCACGAGGCAGCCUCCUUCUGUGAGAUGUGUCCCAGCUCCUUCUGCAAGCAGCACCGUGAGGGCUUGCUCUUCAUCUCUAAAAUAGACGGGCGGCUCGCCUGCAACGAUCACGACCCCUGUGGACCCGAGCCCCUGGAACCAGGGGAGAUCAGGGAGUACGUACCUCCUGGGGGCAUGCCUCUCCCCCACCUCCUCACACACCCUCUGGGUCUGGUCCCACCUAGGCCUAGUUCCACCACUGCUGGUUCUAUCCCCUCCACGGUUGCCCCAGGCCUGGCCCAGGACUCGCUACUGCCCCCUACAGGGAGCCUGUUCCUCAACACCUCCCAGACCUCCAACACCUCCUCCUACGGACCCCCUAGCAGUCCCUACAUGUCUGAUGGUGAAAUAAUGCACUUCUCCCCUCCUUCUCCCCCCUCCUCCUACAAGAACGAGGAGGAGGAUGGAGAGCUGGAAAACGGACAGGUGGGUGGGUUAGAAGAGGACGCGGAGGAGGAGGAAGAAGAGGAAGAAGAAGAAGGAGAGGAAGAAGGAGGAGAGGACGAGGAGGAAGGAGAGGCGAUGGAGGUAGAGGAGGAGGAGGAAGAUGAUCAGUAUGAGGGCGGACUAGGGGAGGAGGAAGGGGGAGAUGUGUAUGACACCUGGGGGGACUACAUGGAGGAGGAGCCAGACGAUGAGGCGGAGGUAGAGGAAGAGGAGGCGGAGUGGGGGAGGGUGGAGGACGAAGAGAAAUGA